AGCCCCAGCCUCACCAACUCGCUGCGAUAACCGCAAGCCGACCUUCGCCUCCAUCUCUACUGCGCAUACCUCCUGCGCCUCUAGAAUCGCAUUUUGAGACCGCAUCACACGAUACACGCGAUGCAGCUCACCACAGUUCUCCUCGCAGGCCUCAGCGCCGUCAGCGUCUCGGCGGUGCCCUCGAUGGGCGCCUCGUGGGUCCCUAACCAGGUUACCGUGAAGGAGGAGUUCAAGGUGCCUGGCGACAACCCUCUGUACUUCUGCGCAGACCCAGCAGACUAUAUCCUGCAGAUUGACAAGGUCGACCUUGACCCCAACCCACCUAAGCCUGGCGAGAAGCUGAGCAUCAAGGCUUCUGGUGAUUUCAGCGAGGAGGUCGGCGAGGGCAGCAAGAUGCACCUGCAAGUCAAGUACGGACUGAUCACCCUGAUCAACCAGGAGCGCGACGCGUGCGACACCAUCGAGCAGGCUGAUCUGAAGUGCCCGCUGAAGAAGGGUGAACUGAGCCUGACCAAGGACGUUGCUCUGCCUCGCGAGAUUCCUCCGGGCACAUACACCGUUCUUGCAGAUGUAUAUACCGAGGACGGCGACAAGAUCACUUGCCUAACCGCGAAGAUUGCUUUCCACCGGUAAUUGCCUAUUCAGCCCUCCGCCACUCAAGCCUAAGGCGUCGCUCCAGCACCAACAACGACCCUGAUAACACCAACACUCCAAGUGGCGGUACCCUCGAUGGCUCCGGUAUCUUGAGUUUCGGCAAUGUGAAGAUUGGCAAGCGGAAGUUUGAGAUGUCUGGUCCUGCAGCUGGGCUUGUGCAGCAAAGAAUGCAAGAGCGCCUGCGACAGCGCAAUGAACUGUAGGGCGGGUGGAAGCUGUAUCUUUCGAUCGCAUGAUAUCAUGCAACGGCACGUUUUGUUUAUUCCAUGGAUGAGCACAGCAUAAUGUAUAUACGACACAACCAAUGCACACUUACGACGCA